UGUUCUCGCAGCCAGCCCCCACCCCAUGGAGGAGAGUUUUCUUGAAUCCUUUGGGAGGCUGAGCCUCCGGCAGCAGCAGCAGCCACCUCGGCCGCCCGCCCCGCCGCCCACGCGUGGGACACCUCCGCGCCGCCACAGCUUUCGGAAACACCUCUACCUCCUGCGAGGCCUCCCGGGCUCGGGGAAAACUACGCUGGCAAGACAAUUGCAACACGACUUUCCCAGGGCCCUGAUUUUCAGCACGGAUGAUUUUUUCUUCAGGGAAGAUGGUGCCUAUGAAUUCAAUCCUGACUUCCUGGAGGAAGCUCAUGAAUGGAACCAGAAAAGAGCAAGAAAAGCAAUGAGGAAUGGCAUAUCCCCCAUUAUUAUUGAUAAUACCAACCUCCACGCCUGGGAAAUGAAGCCCUAUGCAGUCAUGGCACUUGAAAAUAACUAUGAAGUUAUAUUCCGAGAACCUGACACUCGCUGGAAAUUCAACGUUCAAGAGUUAGCAAGAAGAAACAUUCAUGGAGUCCCAAGAGAGAAAAUACACCGAAUGAAAGAACGGUAUGAACAUGAUGUUACCUUUUACAGUGUGCUGCAUGCCGAAAAACCAAGCAGAGCGAACAGAAACCAGGACAGGAACAAUGCAUCUCCUUCCGACGGUGCAGGGUACUGGAACACCUACGCAGAGUUCCCAAACCGGAGGGCUCAUGGCGGCUUCACUAAUGAGAACUCCUUUAACAGAAGGGGUGGUUGUCACCAUGGGUAUUAGAGGUCUCUC